GUUCCUGUGGUACAGCGGACAGGAAUCGAAAUGCAAACAAAAACUUUGUACACUCUCUUGUUCGUCGCCUUUGGUCUCAUCAUCGGCGGUUACAGCGAUGUAGCACCAAAAAAUGAUCUCGAGGAACAUGUGCUGACUUUGUUGAGCAAAUGGCGUCAAGGGACGUUGGAAACGAAUUUGUUCACACUACCUUCCAUUAAAUCUAUAGGCCUUGAACCUUUAAACAUUGAAUACAGUGAUGGUGGGAUUCAACUUCAAAUUACUGCUGAAGAUGUAUCGUUGACGGGAAUCGACAGUUUUGUCGUCGAAUCUUUGGACGUGCAAGAAAACUCUGAAUUCUUGAAUAUUUCUGGCAUUCUAAGAAUCCCAACUCUCACUCUUUCCGCUGCUACUUACCGGCUGUCUGGAAGAGCGGUUAUAAUCCCAUUAAGAGGAAAUGGAGUUAUGACGAUCGAUGUACUGGAUGCUUCUGUACAAGUAAACCUACCUGUUGCCAAUGUUAACGACGAAUACACAAAGGUCGAUGACGUUUCCCUAUCCUAUAGUAUUGGUCAAGUUCGAGCUAACCUUCAGAGAGCAGGGCUUGUAAACAACAUUUUAAGCAGUCAGGGUCCCGGUAUAUUGGAAGGUCUGCAAGGAAAUGUGGUCACUGCCCUGACGGACUGGGCCGUACCACUAGCUGACCAGUAUUUGGCUAAGGUGACACUUCCCGAGUUGACGGAAAUAAUCGCCGACCUCGCUGUCACCUCAACUGUUCAGGCUUAAAUAAAAAUAAAGUGAAUGUUUGCAUUAUA